CAGCAGCACGUCUCACUAGGAUUGCACAAUAAACACAGGGCGCCUCGCCUGCGAGUUUGUGGAUUUUUUCCCCUCUCCUCCUCCUCCUCCUCCUCCUCUCCUUGUAACCGGUUCCGUUUGCCAGCUGCCCCUCGCUGACGGGAGAAAAGAAACCCCCCCAAAAAAGGAAAAGCAACAGCAGCAGCAGAGGGAGAAGCCAGAGAAGCGGCGAUCCAACCAACAUGGCCCCCUCGGCUCGGCCCAGCAACCCCGGACUAGAUAUGGAGGAGGAAGAUGAGUCGGACUACGGGAUCCAGAAAGGGGACAGAAAGACCAGGAAGCCGCUGGUGGAGAAGAAGCGGCGCGCGCGCAUCAACGACAGUCUGCAGGAGCUGCGGACUUUGCUGGAGGACACGGACUUUCACUCCAAGAUGGAGAACGCGGAGGUGCUGGAGAUGACGGUGAAGAAGGUGGAGGAUGUACUGAAGAACCGAACCCAAGAGACGGACGCGCUCGGCCGAGAAGCCAGCGAGCGGUUUGCGGCGGGUUACAUCCAGUGCAUGCACGAGGUGCACACGUUCGUGUCCGGCUGUCCCGGGAUCGACGCCACGGUGGCGGCGGAGCUCCUCAACCACCUCCUGGAGUGCAUGCCCCUGAACGAGGACCACCUGCAGGACGUGCUGAUGGAUCUGAUCACGGACGCUUCGGGGGGUGGCGACGGCGGCGGCAGCGGCGGUUGGCACGGAGGCGACGAGUCGCCGCGCUCGUCGACCCCGGCCCCGGCCUCGUCCUCGUCCUCGUCCUCAGCGCCCUCCCCGGCGCCCUCCGCCGCCUCCAGCGAGGACCUUUGCUCCGACCUGGACGAGGCCAACAGCGAGCACAACCAGAGCUCCACCGAGGGCUCGGAGAACAGGGAGGCCCUGGGCACGCCCACCGUGACCUACCCGAGGUCGAUGUGGAGACCCUGGUAGGAGGUCCGGGGGGGGUUGGGGAGGGGGGGGGGCUCUUAAACCGAAACGGGGAAAAGUCCACCCAACUCCAAAAACUAUUUUUCGGUGGUGCAAACUGCAACCUGCAUUUCAUGUGCAACGUUUUGCACCCGCAUGCAUGGAUUUUCUUCAUGGAUUCCCCACAUCUGACGUUCAAUAAUCCAAAAGACGCUCUCCAAGACCACAGAGAGAGACACCGGUGUGGCCCCUGACCACAGAGAGAGACACCGGCGUGGCCCCUGACCACAGAGAGAGACACCGGCGUGGCCCCUGACCACAGAGAGAGACACCGGCGUGGCCCCUGACCACAGAGAGAGACACCUUCUCCUUCACCCACGAUCGAAAGACACAAGUUUAAAGGCCGCCCUCGGCAUUCUGGGAAAAUGUCGGACAUCACUCGGUAGAAAUUCACUCCCGGAGUGUUCAAGGUUGGCGUUUUCUUUUCUCUCUCGAGGGCCCCUCCCAUGCUGGGGGCCUCCUGGAAGCACGGGGCCCCUCUGUCGUGACUUUUUUUCUUUACACCUGGAGAGGGACGAAGACCUUCCUCUCCCUCGACAUUCACUUACAGCCCGACAAAGGACGAGGAACCAGCUCAAGGUCACACUUUGACCUUGAGGCAAUAACUCUGUGUGUAUAUAUAGGAUUUGUAUGUGGUGAAAAAAAAGCUCUUUUUAGAAAAGCCGAGAAGUUUUUGGCAACGCCUCUGAUUUAAUAUAAAUAUUUCUAUUGUAUUUCACGAAGGCCUGUAGUUUAUUGGACCAUAGCCUCAUUCAGAAUGACCACUUUAUGUUGUGUUGAUGUCUAGAAAUGCCCGUAAAUAUGUUUGAAUUUUGAUAAAUAAAACUACGUAAUUGAAA